CCGGCGGCGGCGCGGGCAGCGGCACGAGGCGGCGGCAGCGGCAUGUCCUGAGCGGGGCGGCGGGCGCCGGGCCGGGCCCAGCACGGAGGGGCCGGUGGAGCAGCGGGCCAAGGGCCGGGCCCCCAUGAGGGAGAAGGAGGCGGCGGCGGAGCGGGGCAAGCCCGCCACUUACACCGGGGACAAGAAGGCGCGCAUGGCGGCCAAGACCAACAAGAAGUGGGUGCGCCUGGCCACCGUGCUGGCCUACGUCCUCUCCGUCUCGCUGGCCGCCAUCGUCCUCGCCGUCUACUACAGCCUCAUCUGGCAGCCGGUGCGCGGCGGCGGCGGCGGCGGCUCCGGUUCCGGCUCCAUCCCCCCCGCCGCCGCCAGCCCGCAGCCCCGCGCCUCGCCGGGCCCUGCCGCCAGCCCCGCGCAGGAGGCGCCGCCGCCGCAGACCGGCCCCGGCCCCGGCCUCGCCCAGACCCACCGCCCGGACGCUUCGUCGCUGCCGCCCGGGGCCGAGGCGGCCGCCGCCGCGCUGCGCCGGGUGCGCGGGAGCCCCUGAGGCGGCCUCGGUGGUCACCCCCCCCCACCCCUCGGCCGGGGGGAUGGAGGGCCCGGCGGCGGGCGGCCCGGGGGGCUGGCGCGGCCCCGGGGGGCUGGCACCGCCCCGGGGGGCUCUGGCCGGAGCGGGGUGCGGCGGCCGCGCUCGGCGGAGGGUGGAGGCGGCUGCCCGAGCUGCGAUCCCGAGCCCCGCGGAGCUGCGGCUGCAGGCGGACCCGCUGGGGGACGGAAGGAUUUGUACUCGGUAGAACUGCGGUAUCUUUUGGGGGUUUUCUUACCCUUUUCCCCCCCCCCCCCCCUCCCUCCGUUUUUCCUCAAAAGGGAAUUUUGUGUCUUCGUUUUUUCUCCUGACCGGGGCUCGCUUCUCCCUUCGAACCUGCGUUGAAUUCCUGCGCUAUUUAUGCCAGUCUGCUACCUAUAAAAGGAUAUCGGUGUCCAAAAUUCCUCACCAUUUACAGGAUCAGCUGGGAACAAUACGAAUUUAGAGGCUGUAAUCCAUUGUUUAAGUAAAACCAGUUUUGUUUAACGAUAAGCAUAAACUUAUUUAAACACAUGUGAAAGGUAAAUUGACUUGUUUACUAUAUUAAAAUAUUUUCCCAAUAUGAAA